CCUCGGCCGAACGUGAACAUCAGGACCUAGAUUGACCAAAAAUCCCAUCAAACAGUACCUAACUCAGAGUGUAAAUUCCUACUCGGACAGAAAUGACCCGUCUUGGGACCUACUUGCUGUUAGUUGUGUGAGAAACCCAUCGGUUGAGCGCCAAACCACUUUGAAAGCCUACCGCGUACGAUACGGUGACUUGGAAAUGGUGUUGUCCAGGAGAAAGGUUGCAUUUCGCAGAAAACCUGGCACAACACACAUUCAACCCAAAAACAAACAUCGAUGGCAUCCAGUGGAGCCGUUCCGCUUCCUGGACCUCGCACCCGAGUUGAGAAUAGCUAUCCUGAAAGUGGUUCUCUUGGACUUUGACCCCAAGGAUGUCAUAAACCUGUUCUUGACAUGCCACAAGGUCUACGAUGAGGCGGCUGCCAUCUUCUAUUACGAGGUCCUCCUAGACAACACCCAGAGCAGAGCGAUCGCGGAUCCCUUCCUAAGCAGGCCCCUGACGUCUGUCACGUCCCGCCGAUAUGUGCGAAAUUUGGUCAUGAAAUUCCACAUCCGGGAAUACAUCCAUCUGUUUCAAGAAACGUAUGGCCCUGCCCUGCGCGACAUGGUUCGAGAAGGAAACUUACAGCACCUGCGGCUCGAGAUCUCCCCCAGGUUUCCCUCAGCGGACUUCUGGGGUGGCACGCGUUGCGCCUCAGAGGACGACUACCAGAUAACAGCCGGCAACACGGUGGUGCUCACACCUCUGUUCGUCACGCAGCCCCCGUUUCAGAGCUUCCUGAAAUUUCUGAAUGAGUCGAAUAUUCCCCAAAUAACGCUAUAUGUCAACGGCGAGGAUCAUCACAGAUUCUGGUGUCCCUUUCAUGCGGCUCAUGCGAAAGGGAAAGAGUGCAAGGGGGAGUGGCCAGGGAAGAGAGGCCUUCUGAGGAUCAAGUGGAAGAGGGUUGUGAAAGUGCUGAAGGACGCUCAAAUGGUGAAGACGAAUCUCUGAAGAGAUACUCAUGUCGUUCGAAGAAACAAGAAAUGCACACAUAGUCAAGAGAUUGGAAAUCAAUACGAAGAAUCUUAUUCGACCUCGAUACAACUGAUUACUGAAGAAUAUACAACGAAUUACAUUCCUGCGCAUGUCUCACGCAAACGACCACCCUCCCGUCUUGGUCUCAAAAAAACCAUCAGGGUCAUACUUCCUCUUGAUCUUCUGCAGCUCGCUGUAUGUCGAGAACGUAGCCAGGGCGU